UACUAAACCUAACCCUAACCCAGACUGCACAGCGAAUAAACGUGAAGUGUUGUUUGUCAAAUGGACGUGUUGGCCACUCCUGCAGACAGACAUAAAGGAUGGUACCUUUCUCUGAUGGCGCCCAACACAAAAGGACCAUCGUUUGCCUGGCUGGACCCAUCGAAACUCUACUGCAACUCCCAGGCUCUUGCAGACUGCGUCAAAGACCUUCUCAGUCCUUUCCACAGCGACACUAUUGAUCUGGUUGCCGGGAUAGAUGCAAUGGGAUUCAUUCUUGGUGCAUCUGUUGCUGCCACCUUUGGAAAAGGUUAUCUGGCCAUUCGAAAAGCAGGACACUUGUGUGUCGCAACCCAAAAUCAAAACUACACAGACUACACAGGCAGAGAAAAGACUAUGGAAGUAAGACUGGAUGUGCUAAAACCAGGUAUGAGGCUGCUGUUGGUGGACCAAUGGAUAGAGACUGGAGGCACUAUGAAGGCUGCAAUCCAGCUGGUGGAGAGGCUCGGAGCCACUGUUGUAGGUGUAGCAGCCGUGGCCAUCGAGAACACUGAAGGAGGGAAGUGGAUUAAAGAAAAUUACAAAUUCUCUCACUGCAUCCCUGAAGAGCUCCAGAGCCAAAUUGACCAGAAGUAUCUUGAUUCCUUCAACAGCUUCAACUUCAGUGAAGAAGAAAAGGGGAAUAGUGCCAUUUGCUGACUGAGAUGGUCAAGAAAGUUUAUCAGCAUAUGUUUAUUUUUUAAGAAAUACAGUGGAAUUCCUGUUUCCUUAAAAUAAGACAAGAUAUACUGUGAUUUCAACUAAAUAACACAUUGAAAGGUAUUUGUUUUGUACAUAUAUUUUAUUACAUGUAAAAUAUAUCAUGAAAAGAGGUUAAGUACCAAGUAAAAACUGCCAUUUAAAACAACCGACUUUGUAAACCAGAAUAUUGUGAAGAAAAAUCCUAAUUGUUAAACAAAAUACAGCAGCGAGACUGAAUAUUUAAGCAUCCACACAUACGCCAUGUUAAAAGCAUCCACAGUCACUCUUUGGCAUCUCUGCAGUAACAGAACAGUCAUUUUGAGUAUAAUUGCUGAGUCACUCUGUAACUCCAGACAAGUUAAGCUGAGCAACACCACAAGAAUCCACAUCCCACAGAGGAAAACUCUUUCUAGGCCAGGAAAAACUGAACUCAAACAUGUCAGGAAGUAGAACUCCAGCGUCCCUCCUCCUGCCUUGACCACAGAAAUACCUCCAGUCUUUUCCCUCAUUCUCAGUCUGUACCUUUGACUUUAAACUUCUGCUGCCAUUCUUACUGACAGCAGUUUGGCUGCUUCUUCUUUGAUGAAGCGGACACAUUGUUUGAAGUGCUGUUAAUUCCUGGAACAAUUGAAUAGCAGGAGGUUAAAACUGAGACAAAUGUGAAGGCUUUUUUUAUGAUGGCAGAGUUAGUUUAGAUACUCACUGACGACGCCCCCAAUCUGCCUCGGCCCAGUUUUCUCCAACUCGGCAAGAACGUUGUUCUCAAAGGCCAACGAUGCAACUCGAAAGAAAAACUCUUUGACGUUUUCCCCUACAGCACGGAGGAAAUAUUGAUCACUUAGGGACAUGAUUGGUGUCCUCUGCAAAAGGCAAACAGCUACGAUCAAUGCUGAAUACCAAAGACAUGCUUUUGACGUAACUAUUCAAUCUUUUGAGAGUAAAUCUCACAAGAUAAUUAAUUGAAACAUAAAUCUGGGGCAUCGAAAAACUGAAGACUCUCCACUGCUUCCCCCCCAAAGAAAUCAGAGUACACUCCCUUCUGCAAAAAUGAAAGAUAUACCCCUUCCUCUUUUCUGACCACACCGUAGGGACUCUGAGUCAUGUUACUGUAUUCAAUCCAAACACUCACCUGUCAGCGACGACACAGCCCAAUACUCUGCUCUGAUCUCUUGUGCUAUAUUGAGGGCAUCUUGUUCGAUCUGAGAAUACUGUGCAGGAGACUGUUGAAAAAACCAGAGAAGGCCAAGUUAUUUUCAUUACCGAUUAAUCUGACAAUUACUUUCUUCCUUAAUCGAUCAAUUGUUUAGUCUAUAAAAUGGUAGAACAAAUAAAAAACUAUCUGUAGAAAAUUGCUUGUUUUGGCCGACUAACGGUCUA